AUGGACUACCACGCGCACCGUCUUUUGACGAUCCAAAGCCAUGUAUCUACGGGCUACGUCGGGAACCGCGCAGCAACGUUUCCAUUGCAGUUGCUCGGCUGGGACGUGGAUGCAGUGAACACGGUACAAUUUUCGAAUCACACCGGGUACGGCCGCUUUGGUGGCCUGCGUUUCGACGCGGAACACCUGGAGCAGGUGUUUACGGCGAUGGCAGAAAACUAUCUCAUCUGCCACAAUCGCGUCCUCACAGGGUACACGCCGUCGCCCGAGGCGCUGGAGGUAGUGGAAACGCUCCUGCGUGAGCAGCGGCGCAAGAAUCCAGGGCUGGUCUAUCUGCUGGACCCGGUGAUGGGCGAUAUGGAGCGCGGCAUGUAUGUGAAUCCGGAUGUGCUUCCCAUCUAUCGGCGCAUGCUGCCAUUAGCCUCGAUACUAUGCCCGAACCAAUUCGAGGCGCAAAAACUGACGGAUAUCACCAUCACGUCUUUGGACACCAUGUACCAUGUUUUGGAAAAACUACACGGAACGUACAACGCCCCGCACGUCCUGCUCACGUCGGUGGAUCUCCCGGAUAUGGACCUUGCCAAACUUGGGGCAGCGUCUGCCAUGCCGGACGGCCAGCCGGCCAUGCUCCUGGUAGGCUCGAGCCGCGUGGACGGCGACGCAAAACUGCACCCAUGGUUCAUCCAGUUCCCUUCCCUGGGCGAGUACUUUUCGGGCGUCGGCGACAUGUUCUCAGCGCUCACGCUGGCGCGUUUCAGCGCGUCGCGCGACGACCUGCCACAGCCGGCAAGCGCCUCGUGCCAGGACUACACGCACGAGGCAAGCGAGUGUGGCACACCGAUAGCACAGGCCGUGGCACUCGCCGUUGCAUCGCUCCAGGCGGUGCUCUCCCGCACACGCGCAGCGAUGAUUGCGCUGGGGCAGGAACAGCGCAUCGACCCGUUCCAGCCCUCGCAUCUUUUGCCUGUAGACGAGCGUGUCAAAGUGAUGCGCAUGCGAGAGCUCAGGAUUAUCCAGAGCGCACAGGAUAUCCUGCAUCCCAGCGUGCAGUACCGGCCACGCUGGGCGCCGCUGCCAUAG